CUUCAAUUUCACUGGUCACUAUCCAACUCUCCGUUUCGUUCCGUGAAGCAAACUCCAAAUCGGAACUCUUUCACUCUCUCUCUCUCUCUCUCUCUCGACGGCGAUUCUCUUAUUAAAAACAAAAAAUCUAUUACCCGCUGUUUGGCUGCUGAGAAAGAGAAAGAAACAAAGAAAUUGAGCGUAAAAGUUUGAAACUUCGUUUCGUUGAACGUCUAACGAGAAAAAGGAGCAUACUAGGAUUUGAAAGAUUUCACUUGAUUGCCUGCUUAUUUCCUAGCGCUUGAAUCUUCUGGUUUUGAAAAUUCUCGUUAAUAAGCGUAAAGAUGAGUUUGGUCCUUAACUGUUGCGCUAGUUAUGGCAUUUCAAGCUUCAAGCGUGGCCUCAGAAGCAUCCCUAGUAAGCAUGUGGUGCCAAUGGCAUCGCUCAAGGGAUUUUCCACUGAUGAGGCUCCUUGUAAAGAUCUUGCACCAUUGUCAAAGAAUGAUGGAAGUGGCAGCUUUAACUUUUACACAUUUGUAAAUGCCAUGGCAGUGGCAAAUUUGGUUGCAGUGGACGUGGCAAAGGCAGAAAAUGCUGCUUCAGUUUAUACUUUGUCUGAUGGUGGUCUUGGGGAUUGGUUUGGGGGCUUCCUUUAUUCAGCAGGACAGCAGGCUAAUGAAGCUGUUCAGGACCAGUUAUCUGCCGUAAGUUUCAGUAGUUUGGCAGUUAUUUUCGGGGCAGGACUCGUGACCAGCCUUUCUCCUUGUACUCUAAGUGUUUUACCACUGACCCUUGGUUACAUUGGAGCAUUUGGCUCCGGGAAAAGCAGAGCAGAGGUUGUUGGUAAUUCAGUUGCAUUCUCGUUGGGAUUGGCGACUACACUAGCAAUAUUAGGCAUAGCAGCCUCAUUUGCUGGAAAGGCAUAUGGACAGAUUGGGCAAGGGUUGCCUUUGGCUGCUUCAGGUUUAGCUGUUGUUAUGGGUCUUAAUCUCCUCGAGAUAAUUGAAUUACGACUCCCUUCUUUCUUUGACAAUUUUGAUGCUCGUGCUGCGGCUGCUAAUUUUCCAUCAAGCGUGCAAGCUUAUCUAGCUGGGCUUACAUUCGCUUUAGCUGCCUCGCCAUGCAGUACACCAGUGCUUGCUAGUCUGUUAGGAUAUGUAGCUACGUCCAAGGAUCCAGUUAUAGGGGGAAGCCUACUGUUGACUUACACGACUGGCUAUGUUGCUCCUUUGCUCCUUGCUGCUUCUUUUGCUGGAGCAUUGCAGAGCCUGCUCUCGUUUCGCAAGUUCUCAGCAUGGAUCAACCCAGUAAGUGGUGCUCUUCUAUUAGGCGGGGGCGUGUAUACUUUCUUGGAUAGACUUUUCCCGCCCACAAUGUCCAUGUAGAAUUUUUUUCUGUACAGAAAACAUAAAUUGAAAUGAAACGAAAUGUAAAAAUAAUCUCAAGUAAACAUUACUUACAUCCUCCGUCUCUCAUUUUCCAGCAGUUUUCUUUCACUUAAUUUAAUAGCGUUACAUAGGAUACAAAUACAGCAGAUUUACCCUUUACAAUGUAUUUUGUUUCUUCUCCUAUAUAAGGUCGUGAAAAAAAUUAAGGCCUUGUUGGAAGGAGAGAAAAUAGGAAGGAGAGAGAGAUAACUUAGUAGGUAAGAGAAAUUAAGAGGGAAUGAGAAGUCCUUUA